UUUAGAAGUGGAGACUCCAAACUGACAGGACUACACAACAGACCCAGGAGAGACAACACAAAGUUCUAGGAUUACUUCUUGAGGAAUAUUCUCAUCGAAAACUCACACUAACUCACAUACAACUAACUUCACACAGCAUUUGGCUAUCAUUUUCUUCUGUUUAACAGUUUUCACCAGGAUUUGUACAACACGGGACUAUUUUGAAAUCAUUACAAUUCCUUUCACAAUAGUCCCACAGGCGUUGUGAGUCUGGCAAGCGAGGCUACUUUCACACGCUUCAACGUAUCUUUAAAUUAUCAUCAGUUGUUUUGGGACUAUUUGGGCUGUGGACUGUCCAAUUCACCGUCUUGAGUCACUCUGACUGCCUGGACCAUUUUACGUUUUUCUAAACAGUUUUUGAAGACUAUUCUACCCUAGGACUACCCUACCUCUCAUUGCCAUGGCGAACAGCUGUCUCCAGCUCAGCGGUUUUGUGAUGAGUUGUAUCGGCUGGGUCGGGAUCCUUAUCGCCACGGCCACCAACGACUGGGUAGUGACAUGUAAAUACGGCAUGAACACCUGCAAGAAGAUGGACGAGUUAGGAGCCAAGGGCCUGUGGGCUGAAUGUGUCAUUUCAACCGCCCUCUAUCACUGUAUAUCACUGACACAGAUACUGGACCUACCGGCAUACAUCCAGACGUCGAGGGCGUUGAUGAUAACUGGAUCCCUUCUGGGGCUGCCUGCAGUGGGGAUUGUCCUAACAGCCAUGCCCUGCAUCUCUCUGGGUGAUGAGCCUCAGUCAGCCAAGAACAAACGAUCACUACUUGGGGGAGUUCUCAUACUGCUAGUGGCUCUGUGUGGGGGGGUGUCCACAGUAUGGUUUCCUAUUGGAGCCCACCAGGACCAGGGACUCAUGUCGUUUGGGUUCAGCCUGUACGCUGGCUGGGUGGGCACGGCCUUCUGUCUCCUGGGAGGGGCCAUGAUCACCUGCUGUUCUACUGAACCGUCCCAACACUACAAUCACCAUGACAACAACAGGUUCUACUACUCCAAAGGACAGGUGCCUGGCAACCCUGUUCCACCCUCCACUAACCACGCCAAGAGUGCCCAUGUUUAGACACACAUGAAGUACAUACAUGCACACACACACACACACACACACACUCACACACACACACACAGACACACACACACACAGACACACACACACAGAGACACACACCAGUGGAGAGUAACUCAGAGCGGCGUCUCACCUGGUGCCUGAAGAGAAACCAAGGGGUCCUGAUCAGGACAACCCUGCUCUGAUGAAGGACUUAUUUUCAUCUCUUUGUUCUACAAUGAAGGCUAGGUUUAGGGUUCUUUGUUCUACAAUGAAGGCUAGGUUUAGGGUUCUUUGUUCUACAAUGAAGGUUAGGUUUAGGGUUCUUUGUUCUACAAUGAAUGCUAGGAUUAGGGUUAUUUGUUCUACAAUGAAGGCUAGGUUUAGGGUUCUUUGUUCUACAAUGAAGGCUAGGGUUAGGUUUAGGGUUCUUUGUUCUACAAUGAAUGCUAGGGUUAGGGGUAGGCUUCUUUGUUCUACAAUGAAGGCUAGGGUUAGGGUUAAUGUUCUUUGUUCUGCAAUGAAGGCUAGGGUUAGGUUUAGGGUUCUUUGUUCUACAAUGAAUGCUAGGGUUAGGGGUAGGCUUCUUUGUUCUACAAUGAAGGCUAGGGUUAGGGUUAAUGUUCUUUGUUCUGCAAUGAAGGCUAGGGUUAGGGUUCUUUGUUCUACAAUGAAGGCUAGGGUUAGGGUUAGGGUUCUUUAUUUUACAAUGAAGGACAACUGUGGAUGGAAAGUACUGUACACCUAUCAGUGCAUUUUAUAGAAAAUAAGCGCACCUUUUUUAAUAAAGACUGUCACUUAUUUUUUUGUUUUUUGAUAAAUA